AUGUGGAUGGCUCUACAAAUCUUGGCCAUUCUGAUAAUAUCGAUUUUCCCAGAGUCCGAAGAAACUGGUAUUUAUACAAGUUCGGAUCCGUAUUAUUACUUCCGCGCGCAAACCGGACAAGGGAGCAAUGCUUUUGCGUGUACGGAAGAGGGAUAUCAUCCUGAUCCUCGCGACUGUAGGGUAUACUACAGAUGCGUCGAUUGGGGAAACGGUAGUCCUCUAACGAAAUUUCAAUUCGAGUGCGGCGCUGGAACGGUGUUCUCGAAAGACAAAGGUAACAUCUGUACUCAUCCGAACGACAGCGGUCGACCAGAGUGCGGUGGUAACGAAAACGAAAUCGAUUCGAAUGAUUCUGUCGCGUCGCAAUCACCCUCUACGCAAUGGACGACAACACCGGUUGGCGAAAUCACUCGUACGACCGCAACACCUACGACUACCACUCGGAUUACGACCACAACUGGAUCACCGCAAACGUCUUACCAAACGACUACUACAAAUCCAUCGACGAGUCAGCCUUCUACAACCGGUGAUCAAACGGAGAACGAUGUUGACCAAGGUCAGGUUCAGUGCACACGAGAAGGAUUUCUAUCCGACUCGAAGGACUGCAGAAAAUUCUACAGAUGCGUCGACGAAGGAAACGGCAGGUUCAUUAAGUACGAGUUUACUUGCGGGGUUGGCACUGUUUGGGAUCCAGAAAUUCAAGGGUGCAAUCAUGCCUGGGCGGUAACGCGCCAGGAUUGUAAGCAAGGUUUAGAGACUGCUGACAGUGGUACCGAUAAUGCUGGACAAUGGAACGAAGAUAACAGCGGACAAUGGAAUGGAGAUACGGGUGAUAACGGAGGACAAUGGAAUGGUGAUACCGGAGAUAAUGGCGGACAAUGGAACGGUGAUACGGGCAGCCCCGGACAGCCCGGAGAUCCUAAUGGUCAACCAGGACAACCGGGUCAGCCUGGCGAUCCUAGUGGACAACCUGGCACUUCUGGAUCUCCAGGUACACCUGGCACUGCUGGCACCCCCGGCACCUCAGGUACUCCAGGAACGCCUGGAACAUCUGGCACUCCUGGAAGCCCUGGUACACCAGGAACACCAGGAACGCCAGGUACACCUGGAACUCCUGGAUCCCCUGGCACUCCUGGAACCCCUGGAACCCCUGGAACCCCUGGCACACCAGGAACGCCAGGUACACCUGGAACUCCUGGAACUCCUGGAUCCCCUGGCACUCCUGGAACCCCUGGAACCCCUGGCACACCAGGAACACCAGGCACUCCAGGUACUCCUGGUACUCCUGGUACACCUGGAUCUUCUGGUACGCCUGGAACUCCUGGAACUCCUGGUACACCUGGUAGCCCUGCAACUCCUGAUACUCCUGGAACUCCUGGAACUCCUGGUACGCCUGGUACGCCUGGAACACCUGGAACUCCUGGUACACCUGGAACUUCUGGUACUCCUGGAACUCCUGGUACACCUGGAUCUUCUGGUACGCCUGGAACUCCUGGUUCUCCUGGUACUCCUGGCACUCCUGGAACCCCUGGCACACCAGGAACACCAGGCACACCAAGCAUUCCUGGAACUCCUGGUACACCUGGAAGUCCUGGUACCUCUGGCACCACUGGUACCGCUGGUACACCUGGUACGCCGGGAACCCCUGGAACACCAGGAACACCUGGAACACCUGGAACUCCUGGUACCCCCGGUACCCCUGGAACUCCUGGUACACCUGGAACUUCUGGUACACCUGGAACUUCUGGUACACCUGGAACUCCCGGUACUCCUGGCACUCCUGGAACCCCUGGUACUCCUGGAACCCCUGGCACACCAGGAACACCAAGCACUCCUGGUACUUCUGGAACUCCUGGUACACCUGGAACUCCUGGAACUCCUGGUACACCUGGUACCCCUGCAACUCCUGAUACUCCCGGUACCCCUGGUACUCCUGGAACUCCUGGAACUCCUGGUACGCCUGGUACGCCUGGCACUCCUGGUACUCCUGGAACUCCUGGAACUCCUGGAACUCCUGGUACUCCUGGAUCUCCCGGUACGCCUGGCACUCCGGGAACUCCAGGUACUCCCGGCACCCCUGGCACUCCUGGAUCUUCUGGCACGCCUGGCACUCCUGGCACACCUGACACAUCUUCAGAAACUCCAGGGGCAUCGAAACCAUCGGGGACGUGUACGGAAGAAGGAUUCUUCCCUGACCCCCGAGACUGCCGGAAAUUUUAUCGUUGCGUCGGAGGUGGUUCGACAUUUACGAAAUACGAAUUUCAAUGUGGUGCUGGUACUGCAUGGGAUUCUGUACUUCAGAGUUGUAAUCACGAGUAUCUCGUUCCUAAUUGUCAAAGUGAAUCCAAUCCUCCUGAAUCUUCGAGCGACAAGGUUCCAGACGAAUCGAAUAAUGAAAUCGAUGAUCACACUGAUAAGCCAGGUACAUCUGAAAUUGUAACUAACGGUCCACCAUCGAUGUCAUCUUCGAGUGUUCCACCACAUUCGACCAGCACUGUCAGUUCAUCCACUAUCGCGUCAUCGAGCGCUUCGACAACAACUAUGUCAACUACUGCGUCAUCUAAUCCUCCAUCGAUAAGCGAUUCAACAUCGCAAUCCACAUCUCCUACCUCUCCAAUUCAGUCGAGCACAACCACUCCUCAAUCGAUAACCCCAGAUUCUACAGAAUCUACUUCUACUUUGCCUCCUUCGAGUACUAUUAUCGAAGUUGAGACCACGACGUCUGCCUCGUCUACUGGAUCAUCUGAAUGUACCGAAGAAGGAUUCUUCCCUAAUCCUAAAGAUUGUCGAAAGUUUUAUCGUUGCGUCGGUGGUGGUUCCACCUUCACUAAGUACGAAUUCCAGUGUGGUACCGGAACCGUAUGGGAUCAGAGCAUUCAAAGUUGCAAUCACGAGCACGCAGUUCCUAAUUGCAAGGGUGGGUCUGGUUCUUCCGAUUCUUCGAGCAGUACGAAACCCGAUUCAUCCAUUAACGAGCCGGGUAGCACUACUAACCCACCGGAUGCAUCUCAAUCACAAACGAGUAGCACAGCAUCUUCGUCGUCCACUAACCCUACAUCGAUCGUUACUACGUCGAGCGCACCAUCGACGUCCGAGUCGACUACCUCGUCGACUAGUACGUCAACGUCACAAUUCCCUACUACGUCUGCACCUGAAACUAGUACAGCCGGUUCUGAAUCUACGCCUGCAGGUAUUACAGAAUCUACACCAGGAAGUAGUACCUCGUCCGACGAGCAACAAUCUACCACGUCCGAUGUGUCUACUGGAGUAUCAGGAUGCACACAACAGGGUUUCUUCCCAAAUCCAGCGGAUUGUAGAAAGUUUUACCGUUGCGUUGGUUCCGGAAGUCGUUUCCAAAGAUACGACUUUGAAUGCCCAUCCGGCACCGCUUGGGAUUCUUCUCUCGAAACUUGCAAUUAUAUAAGUCAAGUAGCCUCGUGUUCGACCGAAAGUAACGAGAUCGAUCAUAGUGGUCAAGAGUCUACAGAUGGUACUUCGACAACUAGUUCCGUUUCAGGAGACAGUACCACGUCUGCAGGAGACAGUAGCACGUCCGCUGCUGGACAACCGGAAUCGACAACAUCUUUGUCAACUACUGUCACUGCAAGCACUUCAGAAAAAUCAGAAGAAAUUCAACAAUCUUCAAGCACCGAAACUCCUACAUCGUCGACUUCGCAGUCUUCCACCGAAUCCAAUGUGCCGGAUUGUGCCACGAAGAAGCCUAAUAAUACUAUAGUUUGUAACACCGAAGGUUUCUAUCCGCAUCCAACAGAGUGCGAUAAAUUUUACCGUUGCGUCGACAACGGAAAUGGAUUUAACGUGUACCAUUUCAACUGCGGACCUGGAACCAUAUUCGAUCCCAGCAUCAAUGUAUGCAAUCAUCCAGAAUCGGUCUAUCCUGCAAGAGAUUGUGCGAUGCCUGCAUCUAGCGCGUCGGAAACUCCUGAAGCAUCUACAACGGAACAAAUGCCGUCUACUGCUGAAAGCGGUAUAGAAUCGACGACAGUGUCAAGGGACACUGAGGGUACUACUGAAUCUACGCCAGCGUCAUCGUCGACAGAAACGUCUACGGAUGCCACGACAGCUACGGAAUCGACCGAGUCUACUCAAACUACUGGUUUAACGACUGAGUCUACUACUUCGGAAUCUACCUCCGAAUCGACAACGGAGACUACGUCCGAAGCAACGACAGAAUCUACUACUGAAUCUACGUCCGAGGCAACUACAGAGUCUACGUCCGAAGCAACGACAGAAUCCACUACUGAAUCUACGUCCGAGGCAACUACGGAGUCUACGUCCGAAGCAACGACAGAGUCUACUACUGAAUCUACCUCCGAGGCAACUACGGAGUCCACUACUCAAUCUACUUCUGAGGCAACUACGGAGCCUACUACUCAAUCAACUUCUGAGGCAACUACGGAUACAGAUUCUUCUGUUUCCACGCCUUGUCCAAUUGGAAAUCUGACCGACGAACAAAUCGUGUUAGCUUGUCCAACUGGUUUCCGAAGACAUCCAAAGUACUGCAAUUUGUUCUAUCAAUGCACCAACGAAGGCAGCAUGGAGAUCAAGGUACUCGUACUGAGCUGCCCAGAGAAUACGAUCUUCGACGAGCAAAAGAUUCAGUGUUUGCCCGAGGAUAAGAGUAGUCAGGCUUGCACGACUGGCAUAGCCAGUGGAAGGUUUUAUAGAGAAAUAGCUGAUAGUCCUGUCUCUCCUAUAAAAGUGUCGACCGAUCAGCUCUGCCCAGGAGAAGGACAUUAUCCUUACAGACAAGGUUGCAGCACUGCAUUCUAUAAGUGCAAACGAGAUUCCAGAAACAACAUUCAAGGAUAUUUGUACAAGUGUCCGCAGAACUUCUUGUAUUGGUCGGUGUCGCGAAGGUGCGAGCGUGCAACGCGAUUACCAAUGUGCACGCAUUUAGCGUACAGAACGAAGAGCGAAUAUUGGGACAAUCGAUGGCAAAUUCCUAUAGAAGACUAUAACCUUUCUGCCAGGAAUCUGCGUUUCUUCUAA